AUGUCUACUCCAGCACGGCCACUGGCUGCUCUCAAAUCUGCCCUGCGCCAAUUGCGCGCAGACAAGCACCACUCGCGCUACUAUGCCACCGCCGCUCCCUCGACCACCGGCAGGCCCGUCAACUUCCACCCCGGCGCCAUCAUGACCGGCCGCAGUACGACACGCGACCUCUUCAGUCUUUGGCCUCCACUCUGA